AUGUGUUACACUGUGAAAUACACUCUUUCACUUGUGUUGGUGGCUGCCAUGGUGGCUUACGUCCAGGGAAGUCGCAUUAGCUAUGGUGGUUAUGGAGGAGGUUAUGGUGGCUACGGAGGAGGCUAUAGUAGCUACAGAGGAGGCUAUAGUGGCUACGGAGGAGGCUAUGGUGGCGGCUAUGGAGGCUUUUAUGGUGGCUAUGGAAGAGGGUAUGGAGGAGGUUACAGAGGAAGCUAUGGAGGCUACGGUGGUGGCUAUGGAUAUGGCAAUUAUUUUGAUGAAAACUGGUACAUUAAUUUAUCCCCCUUGGUCGAAAUUGAAAUCAUCUAUGGAUGUACAUACCGAUAUUAG